AUGCGCACUCAUCCCCUCCCAUCCGCCCUCAUCCCCUCCCAUCCGCCCUCAUGCGCACUCAUCCCCUCCCAUGCGCACUCAUCUCCUCCCAUCCGCACUCAUCACCUCUCAUCCGCCCUCAUCCCCUCCCAUCCGCCCUCAUGCGCACUCAUCCCCUCCCAUGCGCACUCAUCCCGUCCCAUCCGCCCUCAUGCGCACUCAUCCCCUCCCAUGCGCACUCAUCCCCUCCCAUCCGCCCUCAUCUCUUCGCAUCCCCCCUUCAUCUCCUCACAUCCGUCCUCAUCCCCUCCCAUCCGCCCUCAUGCGCACUCACCCCCUCCCAUGCGCACUCAUCCUCUCCCAUCCACCCUCAUCCCCUCCCAUCCGCCCUCAUGCACACUCAUCCCCUCCCAUGCGCAAUCAUCCCCUCCCAUCCGCCCUCAUCUCUUCGCAUCCCCCCUUCAUCUCCUCACAUCCCUCCUCAUCCCCUCCCACCCGCCCUCAUGCGCACUCAUCCCCUCCCAUGCGCACUCAUCCCCUCCCAUCCGCUCUCAUCCCCUCCCAUCCGCCCUCAUGCGCACUCAUCCCCUCCCAUGCGCACUCAUCCCCUCCCAUCCGCCCUCAUCUCUUCGCAUCCCCCCUUCAUCUCCUCACAUCCGUCCUCAUCCCCUCCCAUCCGCCCUCAUGCGCACUCAUCCCCUCCCAUGCGCACUCAUCCUCUCCCAUCCGCCCUCAUCCCCUCCCAUCCGCCCUCAUGCGCACUCAUCCCCUCCCAUGCACACUCAUCCCCUCCCAUCCCCCCUUCAUCUCCUCGAAACCCCGCCCCCUCCCCCGUUACCUUUCCUAUACCAGCUUAUAGGAGUGUCGGGGAUGGAGCCCCUUCCCUUCAUGCUGAAGAUCAAGAACCAAUCCCGUUGGAAGCAUCUAAAACGUUGGAUGAAGCACACAGCCCCUUGGCUGCCCCUUGCGAAGCAGCUGGUCCCAGAGGGUGGCGAUCGUGGACAGAAUGUCAUGACGGGUGACGACUCCUCUCAGGAGUUCACCAAUGACCCAGGCAUUUGGGAGACUGAAAACGAGACAUUUGGACAGGGUGCUUCAUCCGAAGCGGAUGCCUCCACCCAACGAGAGAGCCGUCCUUCAACGCAGAUCCCCAAUAGUUCGUCACAGAUGGACACAGCACCAUCCGCCUCAUAA